AUAAUUGUAUAUUAAUAAAUUUACAAUUAGAUAAUACAAACUAUUAUGCAACUUUUCAAGAUAUUUAUAGAACUAAAACUACUGAAGAAUAUAGACCAACCUAUAUACAAUUACAAGCAAAAUCUGAACCAAUUCCAAAAUCUAUUCUAAUCGCAGAAAAAAUUCAGAAUUAUGUUAAUUCAUGUCACUAG